AUGAGGCCGGGCGAUCAGGACAAAAUACAAGCAGCUGCCUUUGAUAAAGGGGAUGAUCGGAGACUUGCAAAGAAGCCCACAUUUACAAGUUCCCAGCAAAGUCGACUUAAAAUUGUGAAGUCAAAAAAGAAGAACGAUCAGAGGAAAGCAAGAAAUAUUCAAACAGUUAUUUUAUUGAUCAGAGGAAAAUGAAAUCUGAUUCAUUGGGUGCUUCUGGACAUACAACAAAUGUAACUAGAAUUUCUUCUGCAAAGGGAAAAGAUGAUGAUGUAAAGGGAAAGGAUGUCAAGAAAGUGACCAGCAAAUUAUCUAAAGACCCAAAACAGACGGAAAAGACAAUUACAACAAGACCAAAACUCAUUUGAAGACCAAAUUGGAAAACGGUGACAAUGCAAAGACUGACGGUUGUGCUUCCAAAGGUGAUUCUGCCAGUAAUUCAAAGCCAGAAUUAGGAAGAACAGGUGCUAGGCCCAAAGCAACAAAUGGGAGUGUUAAUCCAACACCUAAAGUAAAGACACUGAAGAAAACUGGCAAAGAUCCUGCUUCUCCUGUGACAGGCACAUUGCCAAGUUUAAAAUCUGCAAACCUCAAUAGUGAACUUUCCAAUGCUGCUUCAUCUCCAGGUGAGCAGAAUGCUGAUCGUCCAGCUGAUAAGCAGUCAAAUUCUACAACUGGCUCACCACAAUUUAAUAAGAUGUUGAAAACUUAUCCAGAUUGUUCCAAAGAGAUAGCUGCAGGAGCAAAAUCAAAACCUGCAACAAAAAUGUCCAAUGGGUUGUCUGCUAAAAGAAAGGUCAAUGAAGCUGAAUGUCGAGAGCCAAGCAGCACAUCAAAAAAAUUACCCACUGAUGGAGGGAAUGACUCUGGGCUUCAGAAAAGAAAAGUAAUCAGAAUGGGAACUGCUGCUCAACAAAGGCCAAAGAGUGCCCCAGCUGCAAUGUCUAAAAAGCAAGGUGUAUCUGGAGAUCGUUUGGACGUGCCUAAAUCUGUUUCUUCCAAACAAACUGAUGUCAAAAUGGAAGCCAAGUUAGUGAACCAUUCUGUUUCUGGGGACAAACCUGUGUCUGUGAAUAAAAAGGCUACAAAGCCAUCGGUCACAUCAGCAAAUAAAACAAAUGCAGGAGUGCCAAGUAAUAAACAAAGUUUAAGCAACAGUAAACCCUCUAUAUCAAAUCCUAAAGAAUCUAAACCUAAGGCUCAAAGUAAUUCUAAACCUUUAAGCCUAAACCAAAAGUCACAUCAAAAGAGCUCUUCCUCUGCAGUCAAAAAAUGCCAAAAUCUAGUUACAAAUAAUGCAGAGAGUAAUGAUGUCAAAGAAUCAGCUUCUCAGCAAUUAGCAGAAAGAGCAGAAAACCUUGCACAACACUGUUCUGAAGGCCAGCCAUUCACUGUACCCGAGUCUUGUCAGGAAAAUUCAAUGAGCAAUCAAGACUUUAUGAUACAGAAGCCUAAUUUAGAACAUUGCCAAUGCCAAGAAAAUCUUCCAGCAGCAUCUGUUCUUCGUUACGCAUCUAAUUCAAAAGAAGGUUUGUCAGAAGCAACAAAUCAAACCAAAACAGCAAAUGUUGACAAUGCUGGGUCAGGCAAAGUGUACAUUAUAAGUACUGCAGGCGAGAAGAAACCAGAUUGCAAAAAUAUCUGUGAUUCAGAGAAUUCCAAAUGUGCUGACAGUUCAAGCGAAAGCGAGUUGUGUUCGGUCAAAGAAGUUGAAAGAAUUCCAAAACAAGAAGAGAGGGAAGAUGUGACAUUAUUCCAGUUUUCUCAGAACACGAACAGAGUUGCACCUAGUUACAAUGCUGCUGAAUCACCUUCAAUGGGUGAUUCUACCAGCUGUCAGCCUGCGCUAAAUAAUAGUGAACCUUGUAUGAACUGUUCAUCUGAAAAACAGUUGUCUAAAUAUCAAACGGAGAUCAACGCAACAGAAGCAGCUGAUCAUGAGAACUUUGAAUUUAUAGGUCAAUGGAAUAAACACUCGGGUAUGCUACAUGAGCGUGAGAGCCCAGAAUCGGAGAGUGGCAGUGCUAGUACAUCAUCUGAUGACAUCAAACCAAGGUCUGAAGAUUACGAUGCAGGUGGCUCUCAGGAUGAUGAUGGUUCCAAUGAAAGAGGAAUCUCUAAAUGCAGCACAAUGCGGUGCCAUGAUUUUCUUGGUAGAAGCAGUAGUGACACGAGUACCCCGGAAGAACUGAAGGGUUAUGAUGGCAGCUUAAGAGUUGAUGUAAAGUUGAAGAAGGACAGUACAGAGUUAUUUCGAGUCAAUUCCACCAGUGAUGAUGAAGGACCUCAAAAAAAGAAUGGAGCCAUGGCUGCAAAGGGAUGUGCCCAAACAUAGUUCUCAUCACACAACCCUUUGCAGCAGUGUGCAGUUUUCUCAGGAAAUUGAACACCUAUCUUCAUCAGCUGAUGAAACUGAAGAUGAGCGAUCUGAGACUGAAAGCACUGGCCUCAAAGUUCCAGAAGAAGUUGUCACUCAGCCCUUUCAAGGCAUUGUUAAUUUAGCUUUCGAUGAUAUUGCUGAAAUGGAGGGUGACACCCAACAAGGUACUGGAAAUAAAAAAAUUUUAAGAGGUCUGUUCUUUUGUCUGUGGAUGAGUGUGAAGAACUGGGUUCUGAUGAAGGAGAUACUCAUCCUUCACAUAUGCGAAAACCUGCAUCAUUAACGUCUUUGGAUGUGUUUGAGAGAAAUGGUACUGAGAACUGUUCUGGAUGUUCCCAUAACCAUGACCCAAGUUCCCUGGAGAGCAAGGCAGAAUGUGCUUUUUUGACUGGCAACCAACCAACAUUUGAUAAAAAGUCUAUUGCUGAUGAGGAUUUUGAAGAGUCUGAUGCAUGUAAAGGCUACUACAAAUCCACAGAAUGUGAAAUUAAGACAAGACCAUGCCAUUUGGAUCUGUAUACUGAAUUGCCUUCUGAUACACAAAGGUUUUGCUGUACUAAAACUGGUAAUGCAUGUAAGAGUCAGUUUCUUGACUACCAAGGCAGAGACAACCAUAUACCAUCUACUGAAAGCUCCAACACUGCUUUAUCUGCAGGACACAUAGAUGAUAAUGACUCAUUGGCCCAAACCUGCAUGUAUGACCAUCGUCCUCCAAAGUCCCUUUCUCCUAUAUUUGAGAUGGAUCCUGGCGAAGGAAUUGAACAGAGACUGAAGACCGAAGCUAGAAUAAUGGAUAUUGAAAUUGAAGAUCAGCAGUUUGUAGAGAGGGACUGGACACUACUGAAACAGCUGCUAGCUGAUCAUGGAUCAGAUGUUGAUAUCAUAAACUCCGUCCCUGAGGAUCUCAGCCUAGCACAAUAUCUAAUCAAUCAGACAUUGCUCUUAGCUAGAGAGAAUUCUAAAUCUCAGGGCAAAGCAUGGGGCGAUUUGUCAUCUCCGUUCGAGGAUUCUACAAGCAUCACAGUGACUAGUUACUCUCCUGAUGAGUGUUCAUCCCCCCAUGGAGAAUGGACUAUCCUUGAAUUAGAAACCCAUCACUAG